AUGGUUUCAGUUUUGCUACAGUGUGUUGAAUUUCAAGACAGGCACACUGCAGAAAACUUAAGUGACCAACUUAAAGCAGUUGUCAAGGAAUGGGGUAUAGACAACAAAAUUGCCGGUGUCGUUACUGACAAUGCCGCAAAUGAAGUAGCAGCCAUAAGGCUAUGUGAAUGGAGACACAUCCCCUCUUUUGCACACUCGCUCAACUUGGUUGUGCAGGGAUCACUAGACAACAUUAAACCAAUAUUAGUCAAAGUUAAAGCUAUUGUAGAGUUUUUUAAGAGAAGUUCUCAGGCUCUAGCAAAACUUCAAAAUAUGCAGGAACAGCUAGGCCUGCCAAAACUAAAACUGAUUCAAGACGUUGUCACGCGGUGGAAUUCCACCUACGACAUGGUUGAGCGUUUUUGCAAUAUGAAGGACGCUAUAGUCUCAACCGUAGCUCUUCUGGAAACAAACCUAACCAUGUUAACUCCACAUGAAUGGAAAGUUCUCGAUAAAACUAGAGAAGUCCUCUCUAUUUUCAAAGAGGUGACUGAAGAAGUCAGUGUUGAAAAAUAUGUAUCUCUAUCCAAAGUCAUUUUAUUUGUAACAGCCAUCACUUCAGACCUACAUGCAUCUGAUUCCGAGGACAUGCCUAGUGAAGUAAGAGAUCUUGUUACUGAUCUGAAACUAGGAAUGGCAAAGAGAUUUUCUUCAAUUGAAGAGAACGACAUGUUCACACAAGCUAACUUGCUGGACCCAAGAUACAAAAAACACAGUUUUUUAAGUGAGAACAAAUACAAAGUUGCUCGUGACAGACUAAAACAAAAAGCGGCCUCUACAAUCGUUUCUUUUGAUGAGGAACCAAGACUACCAAGCACAGUUAAUGCCACCGAUACAUCCGAGCCAGAAGUAUCAAAACAAACAACCACACAAAAGAAAAAAACCCGAUUGUAUGAAAAGUUCGACAAAAUAGUGGAAAAAACUAAGGAAAAUACCAACAAACUUGCCGCAGGGAUAAUCGAAGUUGAGAAAUAUAUGGACGAAGAAUUGUUGGACCGAAAAGAGGACCCUAUUCAGUGGUGGAACGAUAGAAAAAACAUAUAUCCACGUCUUUUCAACUUGGUCAAGAAGCGGCUGUGUAUGCAAGCUACCUCGGUUCCAUGUGAACGGCUCUUCUCCAAAGCAGGGGAAUUCCAAAAUGAGCACAGAACUCGCCUAAAGCCAACUAAAGUUUCCAAACUUUUAUUUAUAAAUCAUAACUUGUGA